AUGUCUAAUAAUAUGGAUAAGUCAUCACAAGUUGAAUGUGGAGAAGAAAGCAAGAAACAAGGAAAGGCUCAUUGGGAUGAUGAGGCUUUUGAUGCAUUUAUCAAAAUUUGUGUUGUUCAGACAAUAGAUGAAAAUCGAUCAGGUGGCCAUUUUAGUAAGAAAGGAUGGAAAAAUGUUGUAAGGAAAUUUAGUGAGUUGACUCAAAGGAUCUACUCUCAAAAGCUUACAAAUGGACUUGACUUAAGAAAGAAUGGCAAUUAUGGACAUCAUUGGUUGGAAAAUAGACUGGUCUGGGAUCCUGUGAAGAAAACCAACAAUGCUAGCAAUGAAUGGUGGGACAAAAAAAGUGAAGAUAUUUUAUUUAGGGAUAUUGAUGUCACAAGUGAUGGAGCUUGGGCACCAUCACAAGGUUUUGUACAUAAUGUUGAGAAUGUACUACCUCGUCAAACUGAAAAUAGUAAUGAAGAUGGUGACUAUAGCUUGGAGAACGGUCUGGAGUUUAAUGAUGGGCUUGAUAAUAUCGAUGAUGUUGAAACUUCUCCUAAUAUUGAAACUUUCCAACAAGAUAAAGAACCGAAAAGAGAAAGGGAUGGUAAGAAACCUGCAAUUGGGGAGAAGGUGAUAAAGCGAUUAUAUUAUAUUUUAGAGUCAGUAGCAAUUCGAAGUUCUAGAAAUAACGACAUGCUUGGUUGUACAUAG